AUUACAAUAUCGAAAUGUAGGUUUUCGAAAGGUAUAAAAACGGUAUCAUCAAAGCCUGAAGCACAGCCCAAAAGCAUAUAUUCCAACCCCACACCUAAGACUAUAUGCAAAGCACAGAAAAAUUCAAGAGGAUGCUGUUCUCUUUUACACCCGCUGCCAACAGACUGGGUACCUUUGCAUGAAAACCAUGCAAACAUAUAAACAUAAGACUUGUAACAGUCAAAAUAAGGAGGCUUUAGAAGAAGACUAGAAGCCAAAACAGCAGGAACAGAAAUCCAUGCACACCUCACAUGGACCUUCCUUGCUGUCAUUCUCUCAAGCUCUCAUUCCACUAAUGUGUGUCAGAGUAUCAGACUCCACCUACCCAGCUACAAAUUCCAACUUCAGUUCAUUGUUGGGAGUCAUCUUCCAAUUUCCUUUGCUGUAUUGUGUGAAUCUGCUGUUCAUAUGAAUAUAUAUAAUAAGAUUGGGAUGUGGGGUGUGUUGAUUUCAGUGUGUUUGGCUCAAUUUGUGUGGUUCUUGAAUCCUGUAGUUUUACUUGGUGAACACUUCUCUGUGCAGUGUAGUGAUAACUGACGCAUAUGAUUGAAAGAGGGUCUUUGGAUGGCUAGAUAAAGAUGGAAGCACAAAGUGUUAUAACUCGGUUUCAAAAUUCUGGUGUGUUUCGGACCCAGGGCCUUAUUGGAGGAAAAUGGACUGAAGCUUAUGAUGGCAAGACUAUUCAGGUCCACAACCCUGCUACUGGUGAAGUUAUAGCAGAUGUUCCAUGCAUGGGUCAGCCUGAGACAAACGAUGCGAUAUCUUCAGCUUAUGAGAUGUUCAAUUCUUGGAGCAAAGUUACUGCGAUUGAAAGGAGCCAAUGCCUGUGGAAAUGGCACGAUUUACUCAUUGCCCAUAAAGAAGAGCUUGGUCAACUUAUAACACUAGAGCAAGGGAAACCUCUAAAUGAAGCCAUUAUUGAGGUCAUCAUUGCGGCUGGCUACCUUGAGUUCUUUGCAGAGGAAGCAAAACAUGUAUAUAGUGAUAUAAUUCCAUCGACAGUAGCUGAUUGCCAGUUGUUUGUUAUAAAACAGCCUGUUGGUGUUGUUGGUGCAAUUACUCCAUGGAACUUUCCGUUGGCUAUGCUUACUCAGAAGGUUGGCCCUGCCCUAGCUUGUGGCUGCACGGUGGUUUUAGAGCCCUCUGAACUUACACCCUUGAUAGCCUUCGCAGCAGCUGGGCUUGCGCUUGAAGCAGGAAUACCAUCGGGUGCUCUGAAUGUUGUCACGGGAAAUGCUCCUGACAUUGAGCAUGCUUUACUUGCAAGUCCAAAGGUAAGAAAAAUAACAUUUACAGGCUUGUCAGCUGUUGAAAAGAAGAUAAUGCCAGGUGCUGGUGAGACUCUUAGAAAGGUAUCUCUUGAACCUGGCGGUAAUGCACCUUGCAUAGUUUUUGAUGACACGGACCUGGGCGUGGCAGUAAAAUCAAUUCUGGCCGUGAAAUUCCAUAAUAGUGGGCAAACAUGUAUUUCUGCCAAUAGAAUACUUGUGCAAGAAGGUAUUUAUGAAAAAUUUGCCGCUGCUUUUUCUAAAGCUGUCACGAGUCUGCAAGUUGGGGAUGGGUUUUGUGAAGGUGCGACCCAGGGUCCACUAAUUAAUGAAGCUGCAGUGCAAACGGUUGAGUCAUUAGUUCAAGAUGCUAUCUCAAAGGGAGCAAAACUCCUCCUUGGGGGUAAAAGACACAAUCUGGGGAUGACUUUUUAUGAGCCCACAGUAAUCGGUGAUGUCAACAACAAGAUGCUUAUAUCAAGGAACAAGAUAUGUGGACCUAUUGCUGCCCUUCUACGUUUUAAAACCGAGGAGGAAGCCAUCUGCAUUGCAAAUGACACUGAUGAAGGUUUAGCUGCCUAUAUUUUCACAAAAAACCUACAACGAUCUUGGCGUGUCUCUGAAGUUCUUGAAUAUGGACUUGUUGGUGUGAACGAAGGAUUAAUUCCGACAGUGAUGGCUCCGGUUAGUGGGUUUAAGAAUACUGGUCUUGGACAAGAAGGAUCCAAAAAGGGCAUGCUUGAAUAUCUGGAAGUCAUAACAAGAGAAAGAGUUAGGAAUAAGUGGUUUUGCACAAUUGUAAUCUAUUCAAAUGUGUGUAGACUAGCUUUGAAAAACUUUGUGGUUUGUUGUAAAUGUUUAUGGUUUUGUGUUCUAGUGGAUGGUAUUAGUUCUCAAGCUUAAGCUUUAAUAUGAUCUUCACAUACAAAGCCUCCUUUCUUCAUUUGUAAGUCUGCAAGGUCACCCACAUUUUGUAUCACAAUUUUCAUAAUCUAGGUGGGUGCUUUUUGCAAAA